CAGCGACGCUUCUCCAUCCAGGCUAGUUUUUGUCUGGUCGGCGGCACGGAUCUCCUUACAAAAGCCUUCAAUUUCACAGAAAAUAAACGUGCAAAUAGCACCCCGACUAAGUCAUUGAAAUAUUGAGUUGUUCAAGUUGUAAUUGAAGUCCAGGAUAGAAAGAAGUAAGAUACAAAAUGGCUGGAGUUCCGCCAACUUUUAACCCGAAACCGGUCGAUCCCAAGUCACGACCAAAACCAUCGCCACCCAAGUUCCUGAAACAUCAGGUCUAUGAAGAUGCCGUUGUCUUCCGCCGGAUCGACGAGCAUGCCAUAACGGUGGCGCGUAACCCUCAUAAGAACUUCCGGGAUCUUAUGUGGGAUCUGGUUUACCGUGCCAACUUUACCGACCUCGAGAAAGUUAGAAUCAUUUUCCGAUGGAUGACUGCCAAGAACAUGUACAUCAUCCAGUUCGACCAGGAGCUGCCUGGGACACCUGAGGAGGUGCUGACUGCCUUCAGGAGGAGGAAGGGAACCUUCGCCAAGAUCCUGGAGACCAUGUGCAUCCAUGCUGGUCUUCACUGUGUCACUGUCAAUGGAUUUGCCAAGGGUGUUGACUACCACCCAGGAAAGAUCUUCACUGGUACUGCCUAUAACCAUAGCUGGAAUGCCGUCAAUGUUGCUGGCUCUUGGCAACUGAUCGAUGCCCACUGGGCAACCAGGUACCUUUCCUCCGAGAAGAAUCUGCCUGAGAAUCUCGUCUAUGAGUAUGACGACUUCUACUUCCUGAUGGAGCCCCAACAGGCUGUGUACAGCCACUUCCCUGAGGAUAGCUCAUGGCAGCUCCUCCCCAGGCCUGUCAACCUGGCCCAGUAUGAGGACCUCCCUCUGGCCAAGUCGCAGUUCUUCAAGUGCUACCUGGAUUUCCUUGAGAACAACCAUGGCGUUGUCCGCACCAAGGACGGCAAGCUCCAGAUGACCUUGGCCUUCUGGAGACCUUGCACUUUCACCUUUAAGUUGGCUUUUGUCGAUUCGUUCUCCGAGGAAUACAAAGGACAGGAUUUGAAGAACUACGUCCUCCAGGAGACAACCGGAAACAGGAUCAACUUCUUCCUCCGUGCACCAACCAAGGGAGAGUUCUACCUGACCAUCUACGCCCAGCAUAUCCCCGAUAAGCUGACCAUCGAGACUACUUUCCGGGCUGCAGCUGAAUACAAGAUCAUCUGUGACAAGGCAGCUGAAGAUUCGCAUCCAUACCCGAAGUGCUCCGACACCAACUGGGGCCCAGGUUACCCAGUGUCGCAGUUCGACCUCAUCCCGAAUACUAAGGAGGGAGUCAUCACUGCACCCAACGGACAUGCCGAUGUCGGAUUCUUUAAGAAUGACCCGAAAGUCAAUCUCCUUGCUAAGCUGAAGAAACCAGGCAUGGAAGACCAGACCUUGGAUCGCUGCAUCAAGGAGCAGGACCGUGGCAACGAGUGCAACUUCAGUGUCGAUCUUCCCCAGCGUGGCGAGUAUGGUUUGGAGAUCUAUGCGAACAAGCCUGAAGAUGGCACCACGUACACCCACAUGUGCCAGUACAUGCUCGCCUACCCUGAGAAACCGCAAGGAGACAAGCAGUUCAAGGAGAACUACGACUUGACACCUGUAACCAGUGCCAAGCCGGGUAGUGCCCACAUGAUCAAGCCUUAUGGUAGCUACCAACCUGGAACUGGCUCGCUUGCCGCUGAUGCUGGUAUGGAGAAGAAGUCGCCCUCCAAGAAGGGCAAGAAGGGACCAGCUACCGCUCCCAAGCCAGGCCAACAGCAUGCCUAUGAGGAGGAACUCCCACCACCACCGCCAGAGUUCCUGCAGCCAAUGCAGGACACCCAGUUCCAAUACGUGCCCAGGAAGGAUGAGACUACAGGUUACCCAUCGUUGGCUACUCAAGCUGCGACCGGCCAGAGACCUGGAGAUGAGAGGAUGGGACCGUACCAGGGACGCAAACCAGCUGGAGCACCAGGUUCUCCUGGAGUCAAUGAGGAGGCGAUUAGCCCUCAGUAUGCUGGACAGCAGAUGAGGACAGCUGUUUCCCCUGGCUCGUAUCAGGGUCACUUUGUCAUGGGAGGUCCUGAUUUGGCUGCACCGGAGGGCACAUUCUUCAAGGGGAAAGAUGCCAAUGACCCCCAGGGAAGGUUUUUCAAGGGGAUUGAUCCAAGGCAGUCUUACAAGGGAACUGACCCCCAGGGUCAUUUCAUUCAAGGGCAGGACCCACAGGGCGGGUCUUAUAGGGCCACUGAUCCUGAAGGGCGUUUCUUCAAGGGUGUGGACCCGAGGCAAGGGUCUGUAAAGGGGAGUGACCCACAAGGGCGGGUUUUUGAAGGGCAAGACCCACAGGGCCAGUUCUUUGAUAAGAACGACCCAGAAGGGCAUUUUUUCAUGGGCGGGGAUCCUAGGCAAGGUUCACUUAAGGGCAAUGACCCUGAAGGACGCUUCUUCAAGGGUCAGGACCCAAGGCAGGGAUCCCUCAAGGGCACUGAUCCACAGGGUCAGUUCUUUGAUAAGGACGACCCUGAAGGACGCUUCUUCAAGGAUGGGGACCCAAGGCAAGGGUCACUAAAGGGCACUGAUCCAGAAGGACGCUUCUUCAAGGGUCAGGACCCAAGGCAGGGAUCCCUCAAGGGCACUGAUCCACAGGGUCAGUUCUUUGAUAAGGACGACCCCCAAGGACGCUUCUUCAAGGAUGGAGACCCAAGACAAGGGUCACUAAAGGGCAAUGAUCCAGAAGGACGCUUCUUCAAGGGUCAGGACCCGAGGCAGGGUUCCUUAAAGGGCACUGAUCCACAGGGUCAGUUCUUUGAUAAGGACGACCCUAAAGGACGCUUCUUCAAGGAUGGAGACCCAAGACAAGGGUCACUAAAGGGCAAUGAUCCAGAAGGACGCUUCUUCAAGGGUCAGGACCCAAGGCAGGGAUCCCUCAAGGGCACUGAUCCACAGGGUCAGUUCUUUGAUAAGAACGACCCUGAAGGACGCUUCUUCAAGGAUGGAGACCCAAGACAAGGGUCACUAAAGGGCAGUGAUCCAGAAGGUCGCUUCUUCAAGGGUCAGGACCCGAGGCAGGGUUCCUUAAAGGGCACUGAUCCACAGGGUCAGUUCUUUGAUAAGAACGACCCUGAAGGACGCUUUUUCAAGGAUGGAGACCCAAGACAAGGGUCACUAAAGGGCACAGAUCCAGAAGGACGCUUCUUCAAGGGUCAGGACCCAAGGCAGGGAUCCUUAAAGGGCACUGAUCCACAGGGUCAGUUCUUUGAUAAGGACGACCCUGAAGGACGCUUCUUCAAAGAUGGAGACCCAAGGCAAGGGUCGCUCCGGGGCCAUUAUAACGAUCCACAGGGGAAGUUUUUCAAGGGGGAUGAACCCCAAAGGGCAUCACUUAAGGGUAAAUACCCUCAUGGACAGAGUUCCACGGGGACUGAUCCCCAUGGAGAGUCAUAUUAUGGAAAUGACCCACAGAUUGAAUUUUUUGAGGGGACUGACCCUGAAGGGAGAUUUUUUAUGGGUGGGGACCCUCAUCAGGGUUCGAUGAAGGGAAAUGACCCUCAAAUCCAGUUCAUCAAGGGAGGUGACCCUCAGCGACAGUCAUUGAAGGGAGGACAGGGCGAGCAAUCUGCUCCAGAAAGCUACGGACAACCAGGAGUUGGCUAUGGCUACCCAGGUGACGGGGGAUCUGGAUAUGGCCCUGGCGACCAAGGAAAGGGUGGCCCAGGGGACAGAGGAUCUGGAUAUGGCCCUGGUGACCAAGGAAAGGGUGGUCCAGGGGACCGAGGAUCUGGAUAUGGCCCUGGUGACCGAGGAUCUGGAUAUGGUAGUCCAUAUUAUGGUACUGACAGAGGAAAUGAAGGACCCUACCCAGGCUACCAAGGUGCCCCGAUUGAAUCUGGUGAGGCCUACAUUGAGCCCAACUGGACUACAACCCUGAACCUUGAGCUGGCUCCCCCAGAGGAUUUCAUCCCCCAUAAGGUUGAGAGCAAGACUAGCAGUGCCCAGCACGCUACUCCUGCUCCUGCCCCUCCACCACAGGAGGCCGAGUUCCAGCAACAGGAGACGAAUGAUGAGAAGUUCAAAGCAGUUGAUCAGCACGCUAUUGAGGUGUCCAAAAUGGACCACAAGAACUUCCGUGAUUUGGUUUGGCAUCUGAUCUACGCCAGGAGCAUCUCUGAUGAACUAGAAAAGGCUAGGGCCAUCUUCCUUUGGCUGUGCACCAAGGACUUGAACGGUGUCCAUUUCACCAACCCAGACAAAGACUCCCCUGAAGAAAUCCUCAUGGGUCUCAAAACAGGAAAGACAACAUACGCCCAGAUCUUUGAAACACUCUGCAGUUACGCUGGUCUCCACUGCGUCAUCCUGACCGGUUUCGCAAAGGGUGCUGAGUACAAGCCAGGCAUGAAGUUUACUGGACGAGAGGGCCAGCAUUCAUGGAAUGCCGUCUUGAUUCAUGGUGUGUGGCGACUGGUCGAUUGUCAUUGGGCCGCAAGACGUCUCAUUGGAAAGCACGCAAAUGUUGAAAAUGUCCGCUAUGAACUUGACUUGUAUUACUUCGGACCAAACUCAGCCCAACUCAUCUACACCCAUUUCCCUGAUGAACAGGAUUGGCAGUUACUUAAGCGCCCAAUUUCCCAGUCCGAGUUUGAACAGCUUGCACCUGUCAAAUCAGCUUUCUUCAAAUACGGCUUAGAGUUGAAGAGUCACCGCCAAGCUGUUAUCAAUUGUAAUGGUGAGGUCACCUUGGCGAUUACCUUCCCACCCCACAGGACAGAUCUGGCGUUCACAUUUAGCAUAAGCACUGAUGACGGCCAAGAUGUCUUGAAGGGAGUCAAGUUGUCGCAGUAUGGUAUGCAGGAGACCCAAGGCAAUGAAGCUGUCUUCCGACUCAGAUUCCCAGAGUCCGGCUCAUACAAGUUACUCAUCUAUGCCAAGGAGGUUGAUCUAGCUCAUAAGGAUGCUGUAUAUGGCGCGGUGUGUGAAUACAGAAUUGAUGCCCACCUACCAGCCGGUAAGGUCAUUACUCCCUACCCACCAUGCCCACAGACUACCUGGGGCCCAGCAGAAGCAGCAGCAAGGUACGCCUUCCAGCCUCUGCAACAGGGAAGUGUGUUCCACAGCUUCGACGGUUCAUGCGAUAUCAAAUUCACUAUGCCACGAGGCGUGACCUUGAGAUUCAUGGGCAAGUUGAAGAGUAACGAUCACAAAGAUGCCGACCUUGAGGAAUGUGUAAUUUAUCGAAGUGUCAACGACCAAGCUAUUUUCAAUAUUACCUUCCCAAGCAAGGGCGAGUAUGGUCUUGAAGUUUACGCCAAUGACCCAGAAAAGGACGGCAAUACCUUAUACCACGUCUGGCAAUACCUGAUCACCAGUGAGACCCAAGGUUCAACCAAAGGUAUUAACCUUCCCCCAGGUUACCUUGGCCCACAACCAAAGUUUGCCCAACUCGGUUUGGAAACAACUAGCCACUCGGAUCCCUACAUUACAACUUCACAAGGCGUUGUCACCAUCGAUCUACGUACCUCUCAACCAAUCCGCAUCACCACACAGCUCCUGUAUGCAUCAGAUGGUGCCAAUGACGACAUGAGCCAGUACGUCUUACAACAAAUGAACGGUGAGAUGCUCUCCUUCGUUUGCAAGCUGCCAAAGGUUGGCGUCUACAAGCUUCAGAUUUUCGCUCUCCCAUACACUGACCCAAGUGAGAGUCUCCCAGGUGUUUUCAACUUUGUCAUCGAGACCACUGGCCACGCAGACGACUUGCCGUUCCCGAAACAGUUUGCCCAGUGGAAGGAGGGAUGCUUCUUAUCCAGCCCACAGGUCGGUCACCUUGAAAAGAAAACACAAGACAGGAAUGGUUCCGUCUUCUUCAACCUGAGCGUACCCAAAGCUGGAGCCGUAGCCGUCGUCGUAGGCGAGGAAUGGACCCAGUUGAACGACAAGGACGGCAGGUGGGAGGGAAACGUUCCCUUUGCCGAGCAUUGGGGCAACGAGAGCAAGGUCUCGCUCUGCGCCAACUAUGGUUCAGUUCAGUCCAGCUACAGCACUCUGCUGGAGUUCAGCAUGUAAAGGCUUCAUUUAUCCAACUUUCAAGACACUGCUUUGCUUUUUAGAGACUGGGAAGGUAAAACGAACAAAUCCUGCGUGGUCUUUCUUCGUCAUGUUCUGUUUACAUGUAGGUAUGAGAAAUUCUACAUUUUUCUCAUCUCGGUUCGAAAUUCUGCAAAAUUUUAAAAUUUUAAAAUUUGCAUUUUGUAGUUUAUCCAACAAAUUGAAAUGUAUUGUGAUAUAUCAUCCUGCUGUCAUAACUUAACUCCACCAUCAAACUUCACUUUGAUCAAAUGUGUUUAAGAAAGUCUAUGACAUAAUCAAGGGUUAACUGUAUGUAUUUAUGAUCAAAACCAACUGUUAAAACAGAGAAGUAAAAACCAAGUUGAAGUGGAAAAGCCUUCUGAUGUAUACAUUUAUUUCAUGUAAUAGUCGCACAGUGAAUAGUCUAAUUGUUAGCAUGUAACUUCUACAUGAUUAUAUAAGGGUUGUAGGAUUUCUAUUGACCGAAUCUAAAUGUUAGUGCAUGUAUUUGUUGAGCAACCAAACUGUCUGGUAGAUUAGACCCAUGGUGUGUAGAAUGUCCGCUUUUAAUAUGGCCCAAGGCUGGAGAAUUUAAGCUCUUGAAGAGGAUGUCUGUAUUUUAACUCUUUGCUCACGCAGGUUUUUGACAAUUGCCCAAAUGACACCAUCUCAUUCUCAUUCUGAAUUUAGUGAUUUCUAACCUCCUCUUGCGCAGUUUUAAACGACUGUUACGCACUUACAGUAACCUUCUUGAUGUCAGCUCUCUAUCUUGGCUGAUUUGGGUUUAAAGUCUUCUUCCUUGUCCCAUGGUGCAGUGAGCUAUGCCUGCUGUAGACUCGAGUGUUGUGUUCAUGGGAUGAUGUGCUGUAGCAUGCCUGAAUCUGAUGUAUUCUUCUUAACCAUUUCAUUUUGUCCUUAGCUAAACUCCUGUGGUUGAUAUACAGUUUUGAAUACGUCCUUGCCAGCGUUGUUAGGUUCUUCAAUACUAUUCUUGAUAAAGCCGAGUGCUAGAAUAAUUGUAUUUUCCCGGACAACUUAAAUUUCUUAUAUUUUCUGAUAUUGAUAUGUAUUAUGUUCAUGAUGAAAUGUACAAGAAGAAACCUGUGUUACAGAAGAAAGUACAAAUUGUAUUGAAGUAAAUUUCAUUUGUAAAUUGAAAUCUCGGUAAUUGUCCAUCCAUUAUGUCCAGUAAUUCAAAAACUGUGAUCUGUGCAGAAGCUUGCGUUAUUUUAAACGAAGAAGUUGUUCCCAAAACAAGAUAAAUCAACUGUUAAUCAAUGGUCUGUUUUGUUUACUGCAGUGCAGAACGUCAAUGUUGUUACGCAAAUAUCUCAAUGUUUAUUCCCUUUUGAUGCUAAUAUUGACUGAUUUUCUAUAAAUUGUUUUUUUACACAUAUCCUCAAUAUUUCAAAAUCUGACAGUUUUUCAUGUUAUAACUUUCAAGGUUAAUUUUCCUAGCUUAACUCAAUCAUGUAUUACAACUAUCUUGAAAUAUGGUUGUCAAUUUGUUGCCCUGGCAUACAUGAUCAUGGAAAUCAUUCUACUGUCCUUUCUGUUUUAAUGUCACAGCUUAAUAAAAGCUUAAUAAAUCUUGUUUAAACCAAA